AUUUUCAGACGUGUGCUGAGUGUGUUCGAGAGCGGACAAUGUCGUAAGUUCUGGCGCGUUUUUUUCUCAUUUUAAUUUUUCUUUUAAUUAUAUUGAGAUUGGAUUUUACAUACAAAACGAACAACAACAAAAUUUAAAUAAUGGCAUAUGAAAUAAUAAAUAGUAAGAGUUCUGUAUUGAGAAAUUGUAAAACGAGCAAAGCGGAAACUAAGAAAUAAUAAUAAUAAUAGUUAACAAAACAAAUACAAAUGUUCUUUAAAAUAAUGUUAAUUAACAUUUAACCGAUAACGCAUGACGUCGUAGCAUGAAUAAAUAAUAAUGAGUAAAAUAGAGAGUGUUUCGAUCAUCAUAGUUUUGUACUCAUUGUGUAUUCACCCAAGGUGCAGUUAUCCUUUAAAAUUUUUUUGGGCAGUGAAAACUUCAUUUUAUUUGCUUUGAUGUCAGUUGAAAAUAAGUGCUUAAGCACCGUUCAGUGCGUAGCCGUGUAUUCUUGAAUUCCCUGGGCGUCGUAAUUUGUCGCUGUUCGCUUGAAAUGAAAAAUGGCUACAAAUAUUUAUAGAUUGUAAAUUUACUGUGCGAGUAAAUAAUUGCUAUAAAAAUUGAAUAAAACAACGAACUGCAGAAAACAGUAAUCAUUAAUACCAUAAUCAUUAGAGUCAGCACGCAGUUAGGGUGAAUUGGCAGUUGCCAUGUCGACUUUAAGUAAUAAUAUGCCCCCUUUGCUUAGCGAAUUAAGCGCAGUCGGUGAUACAUCUGCCUCAGAGCGCAAUAGAUCUAAUUUUGUUAAUGAUAGUGGCACCGUCGACAAUAUCAAUUCGUCUAAUAACAUGAUUACUUCAAACCAGAACACAAUCGCAAUUGAUUGUCAGUCCGGUGCAUCGCAAGUAACAAAAACUACUAAAUCGGCUCACAAUCAGCAGCAGGAGCAACAACAACAAACGCAUUCCCAACUUCUUUAUGUGACGUCGCCUAUGUAUGCUACAACUGACGCUUCCACAGCUAAAGUACGAUUUUCUCAAAGCUAUUCUGGCAAUGAACUCUAUCAGCCGCCUUCCAGUACCCAAUCGAAUUUAAUGCAAUCCGUUGAAAGUAAUGAACAACAACAACAACAACAGCAUUACAAUUAUACUUCAUAUCUAACUAACAGCUAUGAGCAACUUUAUCAACACGAACAGCAGCAGCAAUCUCAUAUAUCGAAGCAAUUACCUGAAGCAGAACAAAAGCAACAAGUGAAUGCUUACGAGAAUUCUCCACCUAGUCAAGUAUAUGCAAAUAAUAUUUAUAGUAAAGAAAACACAGGACAUUUUCAUUCUUAUCAAGAGGCCUCAAGUUUAGACGUGCGAAAGCCGAUUUCUUCGAAUAACAACAAUUUCAACACUAACAAUUUAGAUUCUAGCCAGCCGGUAACAGUUACCUCCGUAAGUCCUCUUAUCAAUAGUUCCAGUAAUUCUUCCGGUAAUUAUGCACUAAUGUCUAUAAGCGAUAAUGUGAAUACCGUCGGAAGUGGUGGUAAUCCAAAUUCUCCGGCGUCUGGUUUGGGGUUCCAAUGCAAGGGCUCGGAACACCAUGACCUUAGCGUAAGUACACAUAUUCCUUCGCCUUAUGCGAGUAGUGGUUAUGCCAGUUCUCCUUACAUAAAGGAAGACCAAAAGCAACAAUCAUCACCUAAUAUAGAUGUGAAUACGCCAACAAAAAUGCUAUCAGCUGGGGAAUCUGGUGAAAUUUUAGACCUCGACUCGCAAGAAUUAUUGGGCUCAUCUAAGCCUACUCCAGAAACUUGUGGUGAACAUUUGCAGGUUGUACAAAACGAGUCUUGGCACCAACAAGCAUCUGAAAAUUUUCCAUCUCUAAUGCAAUCUCAAGCUUCAAUACGAACUACUCAGGCGUCAUACUAUCAUUCACCUCAGCAACCAUCAUACGGUGGAGUUGAAACUAAAUCGGAAUAUUCUCUAAUAAAUAACGUCGAUAGUGGCAACGUAGCAAACUCGCCGCAAAUGGUAUCUUCUCUUUUACCAGCAAGUCCGGCAGAACUUCCGCCAAACACCAUUGAACAGACUUUUCAAGAUCAAUCAAUGCCAAUGGCAAUGCCUAGAGACUUUGAAUCACCCAGCUCUAAUUUAGCAUUUCCAUCGAGUAACUUGGAGGGAAAAGCUUCUAAUUGGAAAUCGAAUGAAACUCGUCGUCAAAAAAAUUAUUAUUGUCCCUGUUGUGAUAAAAGCUUUACUAGUUCUGGCCAUUUAAAACGGCACUACAACACCAUCUUACACAGAAAUGCUGUAAAAUCCAGCAGUCAACCAGAUCCAGCUACAUUGCCUGUAACUGCUAAUUAUCAAGCAAGUCGCGAGACCAGCGUGAAAGUUGGUCGCAGGAAUGUUGCAACAGCGACCCAACGAAAACAAUCCGUUUCUACACCGAUACAGCCCCCUAAGCCACGUAACGGUAAUGAAGGUGAUAACCAGAUUACAAAACAAGAACCGGCCAUAGUUUCUGUCUAUGGUACAACUUCUUCGCCAACAAGCAUGCAACAGCAGCAAUCUGAUAAUUGCAUGUCGCGAACUUAUCAACAAUUCGCACCACAAAUUCGAUCGGCAACGACUUAUUCAAUCAACCAAACAAGCGACUCACUGCCAAAUUCCCACUUUCGUCAACAAGAAGAACAUCAAACCGCUAUAAACGGUCACCCAAACGCGUUAGCAGGCCUCUCCGUCCUAACCAUAUCAACGCCGCCCUCGAGGGGCCUGCUAAACACCACAACAAACACUCUGAUAAAAAGCGAGCCUACCCAAAUGGAGGCGGCGAUGGAGGAUCACAAAGUGAAAUCACAGGAUUCUCAUUUACAGAAAGCACUACAGCACGAGACUCCUUCACUGCGAGUCAAUGCAGAGUUGAAGAACCAGCAGAUAAAACAGGAAGAACAAGCCACGGUGGUGUUAGAUCUCAAUGCAAUACCUCACCAUCAACAUCAAGUUCUAGCACCACUGGAAUACCAAGCACAAACUCAUCUGCCAUUAAUCCGGGAAGACAACCAAAAUCGUACAGCGUUACAGGACAUGAUCACCGAGCAGUAUUAUCACAAUACCAUGCCCAACAGCAGCAACAUGCAAAUUCAUACGCAGCUUAUUAUCUCCCAUCAACAAUACCCGGAAGCGCAGGAGCAACACAUGGCGGACCACAUCUAUACACCCACUCCAAUCACGUCGCCGCAGCAGCGCAAUAUAAUGGAAACACAGUCUUACAGCAUAAUGCCUUUGGUUACCAACAUGCAGCCCAACAAUAUGUUGCAGCUGCAGCCGGCUACUACCAUUCCCACCACCAGCAAUACCCGCAAUAUGCUGUCCAGCCAACACAACAUGCAUCUAUUGCCUAUGGAGGCCCAACACUUGGAAACACUCACCAAUCAUACCAAUACGCCACUGCUGCCACCCAUGCUGCCAUUGGGCAUCAAGCCCAGCAGCAACAACAGCAUCAUACCUUCAUUUCAACACCUUCAACAAGCGGCCUCGGGUCAACUCCCCCUGCUGGAUCACACAGUGACCUAUCCGCACGCUAUUAUUGGUACCAAUAGUCAGCUGCCAGCCAAUAAUGAAAUACUAUCUUUCGAUAGUGUAGCUUAUAGCAAUUACCUGGCUUCUCAACAACAGGGUCAAUUAUUACAAGUGUUAUCUUCGAGAGGGGCGACAACAUUGUAUACACAAUCAUCAAAUAAUUCGUAUGUAGCGCACGGUUCGCCUCAAGAGGGUGAUUUACCACCAGGCGACGAAUACUAUGCCGCAGAACAAAAUAACAUGUCCGCAGACUUACCACCUUUGCCGUCUUCGCCUCCUACGACCUCCACAACCCAAGUAAUGGAAGAAAGUAAAACUGAUGUAAAAUUUGAUGAUGUAAAGCAUGAGAAAAUCAUCAAUGAUUCGACGAAACCUGCGAAAAAAUCACCGCAACCGUCAAAAACUGCGAUAAAAACGUCAGGUCGAAGCAACAAACGUAAGCGAAAUGGGAAAAGCGCCUCUAAUCAACAAAAUAUGACUUUCAGCUAUCUUGUGCUGCCUGAUGGACGCAUUAAAUGUUUGAGCUGCGAAAAGGAUUUUGCUAAAAUUUGUUACCUCACGCAGCAUAAUAAGUCGUUCCAUCACGGCGUGUAUCCUUUCCGGUGCAUCAAAUGUGGCAAGCGUUACCAAUCUGAGGAGCCCUACAGAGCACAUUUGCCGCGCCAUGAAUUGGGUGAUAAGCCACAUAAAUGUCAACUUUGCCCUAAGCAAUUUCAUCAUAAGACAGAUCUGCGCCGCCAUAUAGAAGCUAUACAUGGCAAAAAGCAAUACAAAUGUGAUAACUGCGGUAAAAGAUUCUGUCGGCAAGACCAUCUACGUAAACAUAUCAAUACACAUAACAAGCUACGUACGACAUCGAACAGAUCAUCGAAAGUAGCACGCAACAAGAAUAAAGACGAAAUCAAAACGAAGAUGAAUAAUAAUGCCGAAGCGGAACAACAGCCGUUGUUAAUAUUGCCAGCACAAAGUGAGAAUACUUUCCAUAAGCAGCCAUUAGAACGGAAUAAUGUUCUAGGAGUUGAUCGUAGUAAUGACGAUCAUUUUACAAUAAAUAGCGAUUAUGGGAAUGGAAAAGAUGAAUAUAUAUCAGUAGAACAAUAUGUGAAAUUGCAGCAACAAGAAGAUCAAACUGCUAUGGCUGUAACGAGCAGUGAUGAUCUGAAAGAAAAUCUACAGCAUCAACAACAUAUUCAACUCCCUCAAGACUUAAAUGAAUACCCUACGAAUAUCGUAAAGAGCGAAUACCAAAUAAUUGAACAAAAAUUUUCAAAUACUAAUGAAAAACAAUGAUAAAGAAGAGUUGACGAUAAGAGCAAGAGAUAAUUAAAUAUGAAAUGCAGCUCGUAAAUGGAGAGAUUUUAGUCUUAAGAUAUUAUUAUUGUAUUUUGUUUUAAAUGACAUACAACAUACAAUGCAUAUUGAACGUAAAGAGAGAAAAGCUAUAUACGAAAUCUUAUAUAUAUAUAUAUAUAUAUAUUUGAUUUUUUGAACGAUUCCCUAUAUAUAAUAUGAGUGAUACUUUUCUCUUCUUUUUUUUCAUUAUGAAUACUUUUGCUAUGUUAAAUGACAGUAAUAGGCUGCUGUAAAUUAACAGAGGAUAACAAUAAUAACUGUUAACCUUGUCCUUGUACUAAUUGAGCCAACAUUGAGCAAUAUGGAUUGACAUAAGUAAAGAAAAAUAAUACAGUAAAGUUAAAAGAACCGCUAAAUACCUCGAAAUAAUCAUAGCAAAAAGAAAAGAGAAUGAUACCAAAUUUUAAUAAAUCGUUUAUCAUCUUACUCAG